AUGUUUGCCCGCUUCCUCUGCGAGAGACCCAGCGCGCUUGGCGUCAGCUGCCGCGGCGCACUGCUGCAGUGCUUCCGCGGCGCCGCCUCUUCGAGCUACGCCGCCUACGUCGACGGCGAUCCGCUGCUGGUGAGCGAGCAGCUGACAAGCAGCGAGGCAGAGAUUCAGCGCGUGACGCGCGAGUUCUGCAAGCGGAGCCUCCUCCCACGCGUGACAGACGCCUACCGCAACGAGCGCGAUGACCGUGAGAUUUUCCGCGAGCUGGGGGAACUGGGGGUGCUGGGGCCCACCAUCGACGGGUACGGCUGCGCCGGCGUCAGCUCCGUCGCCGCCGGCCUCAUCUCGCGCGAGAUUGAGGCCAUCGACAGCGGCUACCGCUCCGCCUGGUCCGUGCAGUCCUCCCUCGUGAUGCACCCGAUCUACGCCUUCGGAAGCGAGGCACAGAAGGAGCGGUUUCUGCCGAGGCUGGCGAGUGGGGAACUCGUCGGCUGCUUCGGGCUCACGGAGCCGAACGCGGGGUCGGACCCGAUGUCCAUGACGACGCGGGCGCGGAAGGUGGCGGGGGGCUACAGCCUCAGCGGGCGCAAGAUGUGGAUCACCUCCGCGCCGCUCGCCGACAUUGCCGUGGUGUGGGCAAAAGUAAACGACACAAAUGAUAUCGCAGGGUUUAUCGUGGAGCGCGGUUUUGAAGGGUUCCUCACGGAGCGGAUUGAGGGUAAACUCUCCCUGCGCACUAGCUGCACCGGCAUGAUUGAGUUGGACAACUGCGUCGUGCCGGAGGAGAACGUGUUGCCGCACGCCACCGGCCUGAAGGCCCCCUUUGAGUGUCUCAGCAGCGCCCGGUACGGCAUCGCGUGGGGGGUGUUGGGCGCGGCCGAGACAUGUUUCAAAAUCUCGCGAGACUACAGCCUGGAGCGCAAGCAGUUUGGCAAGCCACUCGCGUCCACGCAGCUUGUGCAGGCCAAGUUAGCAGAUGCGGUGACAGAGAUAACGCUGGCAACGCAAGGUUGCCUGCGUGCGGGGCGGUUAAAGGAUGAGGGAAAGCUCUCGCACCAGGUGAUCUCCAUGUUGAAGCGCAACAACACCCGUAAGGCAAUAGACGUUGCGCGGGCAAUGCGAGACAUUUUGGGUGGGAACGGCAUCGCCGACGGCUACCACGUCAUGCGGCACGUCUGCAACCUUGAGACCGUUUUGACGUACGAAGGCACGUACGAUAUUCAUGGGCUUGUUUUGGGGCGCGCCAUCACCGGAAUGAGUGCCUUCUGA